AUGAACCUAUUUUUGCCUGCAGUUUCACUCUAUUCCAACUCGCCGCAUGAGGACGACAUCUUCGCACUGGAGACCAAACAGUCGAUGCAAAGGAAGGAUACAUUGUUAGACAAUAUGCCCAUUUUCGCAGAAACGGGAAUAAAUGGAAGGAAAUCAGGGGACAGCAUUGGAGAGCACAACGUUGGCUCCCCUUCGUCGGCACAGUAUCGCUUAGCAUCUCGAAACAGAGUCACACAGCCGUUUGCCGGUGACGCCACCAUCACGCAGAGGUGCUCGAGUCCAGAGGAGACCGGUUCCAUUUCCUCACUGGUAUCCUCCAGUGCACAGCUCAAACGCACUGAUGUGGCUGCCAGCCCAGAAGAUAUGUACUCACGCAAAGAGAAUGGCCCCAUAAUAGAUGCUGAGUAA